AUGACAAUCUGGAAAACUAAGACUAGGCGAGGCGAACCGGUGAGGAAGUCGGAGAGUCUGCUACAACAUCGCGGACAGGAACGAUCUCGUUCGAGAUCGCGAUCGCCGUCGCACUCGCCACGGAGAGAGCCGGGUGAGAAAGAGAAGCCGAGCGAAAGCUCAGUGGACCCUUCACUCCUGGCUGAAGUGAUUCGUGAGCUUGCCGUCGUGCGAGCACAGGAGCCGUCACGUGCCCCAGCUGACCCUUCGCAGGAUCCGUCGCCGAACAUCAACGAUCCCCACACUCGUGCACUCACAGUGCUCAAGCUCAUUUUAGGGAUUGCGAAGGGACACAACGUCAACAGACGAUUUAGCUGCGAUGAUGACAAUGACACCCAAGCCUUCGCGGUACCUAGGACGUAUAGACCAGCACUGCAGCUACUCCACCAACUGACAGUAGCUCUCUCCCCAACACGCGUGUUUAGUCCCACGCAGCUGGGCCACAGCGACUUAGUCGCUAUUGACGCCUUUCUUCACGACGACCUCUUUGGACAUAUCCGAAGCAUAUUCACUAAGGAGAUACAGGGCCAUCUCAAUGGACUCGUUGAACUUACUGCACAAGCCACAAGUUACCUACAGGAGUUAGCUCAUAGGCCGCAACCGAAUCCUGACGCUUUGUUGGAUCGCAUGGCUGACCUUUUUCAUUACAUUCAUAACAUCAAUUACAGACGGCAGGCAAUCUCAACACAGCUUACAGCGAUUCUGUUUACGCCAGUUGAUGAGCUCCAGCGUAAGCUGAACUUGUUGGCCACUUAUGGCGUAACGUUGGAGAAGAUCGUGUCCAACAACUAUGCCGCAGCCGCAGCCGUAGCCCAGAUGGUGAAGGCCCAUGACACCUAUCGCGACAUCCUGAAGGAACAUUUGAUGACCAGGAACGUUGGCCAGGGCAGAUCGGUAGUCCCCAGUGCGACAGCACAGAAAGUGGUUCAGCAAGCAAUUGCAGCGCCACCGCAGUCGGAGGCUAAGGCGAAACCGCCUCAGGCUGAGCCUCAAUCGACGACGUCGAAUCCACAGCAGUCGAGUUCUCAACAGUCACUUGAUGAGACAGCUCAACUGACAUCAGCAUCCACAGCACACUUCGACCCGGAACCUAGAAGCUUCGCUAGUCGGGAGACUUUCUGCGUAUUCAUUUCCGUCGCUGUCAUUUACGACUAUCUCUACCAAAUUUUGUUCUUCUCUGCUGUGCUAACACUCGGGGGACAACGAGAACCUAGACGAGGCAAUGCCUAUCUGUGCUGUUUGACAGUGCCGCCAAAAUCUAAGACUGUAAAAGAAGAGAAACCUUACUGGAUCUUACGUGCAGUGUCAAAGCUGCUCGAUUUUGUUCUAGAUUCUUGGGUGGAUUUCAGUGUGUCAGUUUGGAGCAAAGUGAUUGUAGGAGGUGAGUUACAAGUAGAUAAUGAGUGCGUUCUACUUUAA